AUGGCUCUCCGAAUACCCUUCCGAGUUCAAUUGACCAAGGCACAGCCCUGUGUGGCUGCUGGCGCCCUUCUCGCUCGCCGUGCUCUCUCCACCACUUCACACAAAGCUGCCGUCACAAACCCUGACCCGACCGAUGACUCUCCCAGCGCCGCCCUUGUGGCCGAGCAUGCUCCCUACAUGGUUGCCACCUACGCUCGUCCGCCUCCUGUCUUUGUCAAGGGCGAGGGGUCCUGGAUCUGGGAUAUCGAGAACCGAAAAUACCUCGACUUCACCGCUGGUAUUGCCGUCAAUGCCCUAGGCCACUGUGAUCCCGAGAUCACCAAGCUCGCCGCCGACCAGGCCGCCACCCUCGUUCACGCUUCCAACCUCUACUACAACCCUUGGACCGGUGCCCUGUCCAAGCUCCUCGUGGAGAAGACGCGCGCCGCUGGGGCCAUGCACGAUGCGGAUGCCGUCUUCAUCUGCAACUCGGGCUCCGAGGCGAACGAAGCGGCCAUCAAGUUUGCGCGCAAGACCGGCAAGCAGAUCGACCCCUCCGGCAACAAGACGGACGUCGUCUCCUUCCACAACGCCUUCCACGGCCGCACCAUGGGCAGCUUGUCCGCCACGCACAACCCCAAGUACCAGCAGCCUUUUGCGCCGAUGCUGCCUGGGUUCCGUGCCGGCACCUUCAACGACAUUGAUGCCAUUGAUGCUCUCGUCACUGACAAGACGUGCGGCGUCAUUGUCGAGCCCAUCCAGGGCGAAGGCGGCGUCACCGUCGCCACCGAUGCCUUCCUGACGGCGCUCGCCAAGCGCUGCCGCGCCGUCGGUGCCGUCCUCAUCUACGACGAGAUCCAGUGCGGCCUCGGGCGCACCGGCACCUUCUGGGCCCACGCGCACCUCCCAAAGGAGGCCCACCCGGACAUCCUCACGACGGCCAAAGGCCCUCGGCAACGGCUUCCCCAUCGGCGCCACCCUCGUCAACGCCCACGUCGCCGACAGAUCAAGGUCGGCGACCACGGCACCACCUUUGGCGGCACCCGCUGGCCCCUGCAAAAGAGCGUCGUCGCCAAGGGCGACCUCUUCCGCAAGCGCUUCGACGCCUGGCAGGCUCGCUGGCCGGCCCUCAUCACUGAGGUCCGCGGCAAGGGCCUCAUCCUUGGCCUCCAGCUGUCGCAGGACCCCACGCCCAUCGUCAAGGCGGCCCGUGAGCGCGGCCUCCUCGUCAUCACGGCCGGCACCAACACCCUUCGCUUCGUGCCGCCCCUGACCAUCACCGAGUCGGAGAUCCAGCAGGGUCUGGACGUGCUCGAGGAGGCCAUCGUCGCGACGGUGGCGUGA